CUAUUUUUAUUGCUCACAGCCGCGCUGUACGACCUGACCGCAGUCAUUCACUGCCUUUGUUGCCAAGUCCCUGGAGGAUAUUUAAAUACCCUGUUUCUACUCUCUUCACCACUCAAAUCAUCAUCACCAACCAACACAAACACUCUACACUCUAUUCGGCACUAUGAAGUUCAUCACUCUAUCCGCCAUUCUCGGCCUCGCUGGUGCCUCAGCAGCUGCCCUCACCGCAGUUCCCAUCAUUGAGAAAAUCGCCCCCAAGUCAAAGAGCUGCCCCUCUGGAAAUAAAGACUGCCGCACCGCCGAACAAGCUGCGCCUUUCCUCAUCAAUGCCUUCAAGGACUACGACAUUUAUGACACCAAGAUGAUGGCCGCUGUACUUGCCCUCAUGGCUUUUGAGUCGGGCGACUUCCAGUACAAGCGCAACCAAGUCCCCGGCAGACCCGGCCAGGGUACAGCCAACAUGCAGAUGCCCAACUACAACCUUCUCUAUGCAAAGUCCAUUCCUGAACUUGCAUCCAAGUUUGAGGGUGUCGACUCCGUUGACGGCAUGUCGGAUGACGACCUCAACAAACUGCUCGACGCUGUUACCGUCGACAAGUACAACUUUGCCUCUGGUGCUUGGUUCCUUGCUAAGCAGUGCAAGCAAGACGUGAGGGACGCUUUCAAGAAGGACGCCGAUGCGGGCUUCAAGGUUUACAUCGAGGAGUGUGUUGGUACUGAGGUCGAGCCCAGACUGGAGGUCUUUGGUGUCGCCAAGGAGGCCUUUGGACUGUAAAUUAUGGAAUGGGUCGGGUUGAUAUCUGUUGGGCAGAUGGAGCGUGUUUAUGCAGCAUUUCUUUUCUACAGCCUCUUUCGUAAAUAGCACUCUUGUCGAUUCUAUUUACUUUUAUACCACCA